GUCGUACUGAGCAGACACUGCACUGUCCGAUCGUGCAGCCGGCCUCGGCGUUGGUUAGAGUGUGUGUUGUAGGGUGAUUCAGGAUGGUGGACCAGCCUCUGUGGGAGCAGAUAGGAUCCAGCUUUGUGCAGCACUACUACCAGAUGUUUGACUCUGACAGAUCACAGCUUGGAUCCAUAUAUAUCGAUGCAUCAUGCCUUACGUGGGAAGGACAGCAGUUCCAGGGAAAAAGAGCGAUUGUCGAGAAACUCUCUAGUCUCCCCUUCACAAAAAUAGCGCAUAGUAUAACAGCGCAGGACCACCAGCCGACCCCAGAUUGCUGCAUCUUGAGUAUGGUUGUAGGACAGCUAAAAGCAGAUGACGACCCCAUCAUGGGUUUCCAUCAGAGUUUCAUCCUGAAGAACAUUAACGAUGCAUGGGUGUGCACCAAUGACAUGUUCAGGCUGGCCAUUCACAACUUUGGCUAAUCCCCCUCUCCACUCUGGUGGGCAGGGGCGGCCACAGCCAAGGGCAGUGUGCGAUGAAGCGUGGAGGGAGGGGUUGAGGACGGAGAGAAGAGAAAGAGAAACGCUCAUCCCUCCCUCCCGCCGUCUCACUUACACGCCCGUUUUUGACAAAGAAGCAAACACCGGAUUCUAGAUGUCAAUCACUGAACCUCAUCCAGGUGGGUUUUUCAGACCACCCCAGCCAGUAGAAACGCGACAUGUUUUUUUUGCUGAGAGCCGGCCGACCAAUCAGACGCCCCUGUCUGCCACUCUGCUGACCUGCAUGAAGCUGGGAGCCUCCCCUCCCCCCUCCAUUACAAUAUCUACACUCAAGCCACCAGAAAGACAAAACAGCUGACCAACGCCAUUAAAACGCAUUCUCUGCUCUCCAAAAACCUCUUAACUUAGUUCUGACCCAUUCUUCUCUGUCCACUCCACCGCAGUCAUCUCAGUUCUGUUAGCACUGUUGUUGACUGGUUUGUAGAUCCAUGUUCAGGUUCAGUUGGAUUCUUUCAGUUCCAACUUCCUGUGUUGUAAUUUGUUUAUUUCUCUCUCUCUCUUUUUUUAGACGCCACCUGUGUGUUGACUUUAGCUCGCCUUAGUGUGUUUUAUCUUAGUUUACAAAAUUCUUAACUUUGUCAUGAUUCGUUCUCAUGCCAGGUUUUGCUCUUGCAAACCAAAGACUCACAAAGGACAUAAAAGUUUGACUUUGCUGUGUGAUUGGCUCUGCUCCUGCGUAUUCUCUCUUUCGCUCUCUCUUUCUCUUUCUCUUUUUUCUCUCUCUCUCUCUCACACACACAUCUGGCAGUUAACAUGGACUACAGCCGCGAUACACAAUAAAACCUGGACUUUUUUCUUAAUGGUGUGGCCUUGUCUCUCCAUAUCAUUCUCUGUGGCUAAUUGUUUCCAAGUCUUCCAAGUAUCUUCACAGUGAGUCUUUGAAUGCAUAUUGCUUUUUGAAAAUGUGUCUGUUUGGGUGACUUCACCUAAGAAGAUCAACUUAAAAACUGAACAUGCAUAGUUGUAAAAUAAAUGCAUGAUGGCCACAGGUCCACCAGGCUGGUACCCAGCUGACACUGACCUUAUAAAGUUGGGUAUCAAUCAGAUGUGACUGAUCCACAUUUUGAAUGCAGUUUCUUUGUCAGUGUUAUUUUAAAUGUAGUAUUUCUACUAUUCGUUACUUUCUGCACAUUACAGCAGGCUGCAGACUCAGUUUUAGCACCAUUAUAAUCCCUGGCCUCAUGUUACCAUAUAUAAAAAUGACCCUGGAGAGGUCUGUACAGUGUGGUGUACAGAUUUCAAGUUUGGAAGAAAUGUGCAAGAUGCAUGUCUGGAGAGAAAAGUCAAUCUGGGGCAUCUCACAUCAGCAGUAGCAAAAUAUUCCAGUGAUUUACCAGCGAUUAUCUUCUAUGGCUGUGGCCCCACCACAGUGUUUUGUAUUAUGGGUUUUCCUCUGAAUUUUAUACUAGUUUACCACAAGGAUACGGCUACAGACUGCACAGAAGGGACAAAUAAUUCAGAAGCAUCAACAGGAGCCAAACACUAACACAGCAGGUAUUCAUUAUUCUCACUGAACCAAUCAUUUCCUCAAUAGGUGUAGCGGUGCUUUGCUGAUUGAGUCAAUUGUUUCAGGUACAUGUGUUGUGCAGGUUCACUGAGUGGAA